UCGGGCUGGGUGCUGCCCCGGCAGAGCAUCCUCCGCGGCUGCAGAGGAGCGCGGGGCUCUCCGGGUGAUGUUCAUCUCCCAGCACGAUAAAGGGAGCAGAGUUCUGGUGGAAACAAACUUUCUUUGCUGCCAGCCCUUGCUCCGGCGGCGUCCAGAGGGGGGGUUGCUUCACAUCGGCAUUGGAGGAGGCUGCGUCUCUCCCCGGUGUCUUGAAUCUUUAGAAGGGCUCGCUCUGUGUGAGCUGAGCCCCUGUGCUCGCUUUUCCUGCAUGAUAGGGAUGUCCUGGUGCAGAUCGGUGGUUAUCGAACCCACGUCUCUGAGUGGCCCGGGAAGACCUGGUGAACCACUCUGCUUAAGAAGAGCAGUUGCUCUGAGCAGCGCUGCUCCUCUCGUACAGACCCUGUGGUUAGCCCUGGUUCAGCGUCUCAGUGCAAGGACCAGGUGUAUCACCCUACUGCCAGCGGCUCUUGAAGAAGAAUGGAGAGCCUGCAAAGGUUGGGGAGCUUGCACGUGCAAACAUUCAUCCUGCUGCCUGGCAGAGAAACAGUUCUGCCUCCCAAAAAUGUCGUCAGUGCAGUCUAUGCGAAGUCAGGCUUUCCUUCACAUUCAACAGCUCUGAAAACUGGAAGAUUAUGAAGUUCAGAGAUGCCAGGUAAUAGUGCAUGAUGUGAAUGAGCUGACGGAAAAGCUGUUUCCAAUUGUUGAAGCCAUGCAGAAACACUUCAGCGCUGGAUCGGGGACCUACUACAGUGACUCGAUCUUCUUCUUGUCGGUGGCCAUGCAUCGCAUCAUGCCCAAGGAAAUAACACAGAUCAUCCAGGUAGACUUGGACCUGAAGUACAAGACCAACAUCCGAGACCUGUUUGAGGAGUUUGACAACUUCCCGGAGGGAGCAGUCAUUGGGAUUGCCAGGGAAAUGCAACCGGUGUACAGGCACACAUUCUGGCAGUACCGCCGUGAGAACCCCCAAACCAAAGUGGGGGAGCCCCCUCCUGAUGGGCUGCCCGGCUUCAACAGCGGCGUCCUGCUCCUGAACCUGGAAGCCAUGAGGCAGUCCAAGCUCUACAACCAGCUGCUGGAGCCCACCAUGGUGCAGAAGCUGACAGAGAAGUACCACUUCAAGGGCCACCUCGGGGACCAGGAUUUCUUCACCAUGGUGGGGAUGGAGCACCCAGAGCUCUUUCACGUGCUUGACUGCACGUGGAACCGGCAGCUUUGCACGUGGUGGAAGGACCAUGGGUACAGCGACGUGUUCGAUCAGUACUUCCAGUGCGAGGGUGAGGUCAAAAUCUACCACGGGAACUGCAACACCCCAAUCCCUGACGACUAGGGCCACCACUGCCCCCGGGAGCAGCUCUGACUGCAGCAAGCCCUACAGAGCCAUGGUGGCUGCACCAGCAGUCCCUCAGGAAGGGUGGCCAGCCCACUGCAUCCCAGGGAUCCCAAAAGCAUCAGUACCCCACUGCCUGUAGCCUCACCCUCCAGGAACCGCAGUCUGGUGGUUGGAGCAGGACAUCCACAGUCUCCAUGCCCAGGCCCAGCUCCUGGCUCUGCUCGGGGCACAUCCAUGGUUCCUGCCUGUGGCCCAGCUACCAGGACAGGGGGACAGCAGAGGGGCCAUCAGGCGACCGCUGAGUUUGCAGGGUGCUGGCUCCAUGGGUGCUGUGCAGCCUUGUCUAAUGAGCAGCAGGAGGCCUCAGCCGGGCAGUUGGGUUUUGUUUUGUCGUUCCUUGAUGGCCCAUUGCUGCACCUCACACAGAGCAUCCGUCUGGUCUGUCUGGAGAAAAGACACUGUACUCAGGUCAUCUUCCUUUUGAAGCAUUCCAGAAAGGCAAGAGGGUAUUAAAGACUUAAAAGGUGCUGUAAAUUGGGUUACUUACAAACAAAAAUUGAACGCUAGAUGAGCUUUAAAGCCUUCCAUUGGUGGUUCUUAGCAAUAAAAGCUUUACUGCCCUGUCUUGUCUUAAAAGCCUUCAGUGAGCGUGUAUCAAUAGGUUCAUUUUUCUAGUUUUGCCUUUAACCUUUCAUACAACAAUAAAACUGCAGAUGUAAAACA